AUGUGUUCACAUUCUGUAAUUGCUAUAUGGACGACAGUGCUGGCGCUGGUUGCUGACUGCAGAAUCAUUGACCUAACGCAUCCAUUAGCUGCCAACACUAUCUACUGGCCUGGGGUCCCUUCGUUCAACAGAACUAUCGUCCAAGCUGGGGGCGUUGGAAGCAACAAUGUGUGGAUUGAGGUUGGGGCAUUCAGCACGGGCGAACAUGGCGGCACCCAUAUUGACGUCCCACGUCAUUUUAACAUUAGCGGAUAUGACCUCAAUGACCUUCCUAUUGAGUUAACCAUUGCCGACGGGGUCAUGAUAGAUGUCAAGGACGAAGUGGCCAAAAACAACGAUUACGCUCUCACUGUACAAAAGAUCCAGGAAUGGGAGAACCAGCACGGAGCUAUCCCAAACAACGCCGCAGUAAUGGUGAACACUGGCUGGAGCUCAAGAUGGCCGAAUUCCCAACUGUUCUUCAACAGUAACACUACCACAAACCAGUCGCACUGCUGGGGGCAGAAUACAUUGUUCUCUCUCUUUACACUGUGUGUUUUGUUCUUUGUGCUGUAUCAAAAGUUUGGGAUAAAGACUUUAGACAUCACGUUUACUUGCGUCCCCCCCCCCCCCCCCCCCCCCCCCACCCCCCCCCCCCCCCCCUUGUGUACGUCUUUCGUUGAGUUUCUAGUUAGUGAAGCUGACACAAAGAAAAAUUGCGAGGGAAAGAGGUGGGUGGUGAUUGGGGAUGUGGAGACUACGGAGGUGGCGGCGGGGGAGACCUUAGCACCUUACAUAUUUUCCUAG